UAUAAUUUGUAUUUUUAAAAAUGGAUGGGUAGUUGUUGGUAGUUACUACUUUAAAAACGUACACGUAAACGUAAACUUACACCAUUAAAUUAAAUUUUUAAACUUUUUAUUUAAUAUACUGUACAGUAGGUACUAUAAAGCGGUGUUUUACGUUUCAAUUUCAUAUUGAAGUUCGAAUUAGACCAGUUUUUUUUAAAUUUAUUAAAUUAUUUAAGAUGAUUGAAAUUAAUCUAAAGAACGUAGAAAAUAUAUACGUAUUAGAUGGAGGGUUCUCGUCGCAAUUGUCUCGGCACAUUGGUGUUUCUCCUGAUGGAGAUCCGCUAUGGACGUCUCGCUUUCUACAGACUCAUUCUCAAGAAAUAGUUGAUACUCAUCUUGACUUUAUUCGAGCUGGUUCAGAUAUUAUUUCCACUAACACUUAUCAAGCUUCUGUCGGAGCUUUUAUGAAACACCUGGGAAUAUCAUCGGAUGAAGGAUUAUCUUUAAUGAAACAUGCUGUGCGUUUAGCGCAGCAAGCGAGGAGUGAAUACAUAGACGAGUGCAAGUCCAAUGAUUUAACCCCACGUAAUAUUCUGAUAGCAGGCUCUGUCGGGCCGUUUGGAGCAUCUCUGAAUGAUGGAUCAGAGUACAGUGGAAAUUACAUAAAAACAAUUUCCGAAAAACAUAUUCAAAACUGGCAUAAACCUAGAUUAGAUGUUUUAGUUGAAUCUGGUGUAGAUUUAAUUGCUUUUGAGACGAUUCCUUGUGAAAAAGAAGCUCUAGUACUUGUUAACAUGUUGAAAGAAUAUCCAGCGACAAAAGGAUGGAUAUCAUUCUGCUGUAAAGAUAAUAUGAGUAUUGCACAUGGGGAACAUUUUUCUAAAGUAGUUAUGAAUUGUCUGCAAGCAAACCCUGUUCAAAUACUAGCUGUAGGCAUUAAUUGCUGCUCACCAAAACUUGUUAGUGACUUGAUAACAAGUCUGGAAGUAGACAUACCUAUUGUGACAUAUCCAAACUCAGGAGAAAAGUUUAUUCCCGGACAUGGAUGGGCAGAUGAUCAAUGUCAACCAUUGCACUCAUUUGUGUCUAGUUGGUUGAACACAAAUGUUAAGUUCAUUGGUGGUUGCUGCAGGACCUACUGUGAGGAUAUAGCAAAUAUUAGACGGCAGAAAGUUUUUGGUGUUUCGGUAAAUAAAAAGAAAAAUGAUGAUAAAAUAAAACGAUUACUUAUCGAUAAUGAUGCCUUGAGAACUGAAAAUCUUAGUUUGAGCUUUGAGAUAUCCAAAUUAAAGAAAGAUAAUGGAAAGUUAAAGGAUGAGAACUUUUCAGACUAUUUAUCUUUAAUGCGUGAACGCGACGCUAGAUACACCCUAUACUUUGAGAAUUUAUCACUGCAUCUGAAACUAAAGGAGUUAGAUAAUGGCAUGAGUCAACCUAUGGCCAUCCGAUCUGACCCCACCAUACUCAGAAUUGCACUUGACAGAUGUCGCAAGCAGUUAUCGUCAACCCAAAGCGAGUUGAAGAGUAUGAAAGAAGAAUACGCGGAAACAGUGCCAAGACGUGAUUUCGAACAUUUGGAAGGCGAGCACCAGGAGUUACAGACACAGGUGCAGCACCAGCUCGCCCAGUACGAACACCUGCAAAGCACCUACAGGAAAGUCACUGCGCAUAAAAAUAGUAUUGAGGAAGAACUCAUGGAAUGCAGGGAGCGAUGCCGAGAACUAGAGCGGGCAGGCACACCGCGGCCCCCUUGGGAUCUCUGCGCAGACUUUAUUGGCGGCGGCAAAAAAAGAUGGUGUCAGCUUACCGAAGGUUUGUCGUCCCGCGAUAAAUUAAGAGCACUGCUUAAGGAGUUGGGCCCAGCAGCCGAAAGUGAACACUUGGAGUACUUCGAUGGACUGGGCACGGACCCCGCUGUCCCCCCAUACUUACGAUACUCGGGGCGCGUACGCAAUCUGCGACUGUCGCGUCGCGAGGUACGCGUCGUGGUUAACGAUGUUUGGCGCGGUCGACCCCAUCAUCCUCACCUGGCAUUGCAGGAUUUCGUGACCAAGUACUUUGAGGAUAGAUACCAACAGUCGUCAGUGCGUGCAGAGUGGGCGUACAAUGUAUGCGCGGGCGCCGAGAGUAUGCUGGACGAGCCACAGGUGCGUGUAUGGUGGGGCGCAUUGCAUGGACAACUUAGCGAACAAGUGUAUUGGGGUCUCCGCCGCCAAUGGGAUCAAUUGCAACAGCAUCUACGCCGCCAAGCGUUAGAUGGAGAGACUAUAACAAUAGAAGAAUUUGAGCGGGUAUCACGGUCGAUAUUCCCGCUAAAAAGUGAAGUUGACAUUAAAAAUUUAACUGACGUUGUUAAGAAACAACUUAAAAUCAAACUGAACUGUAAUGAAAUAAACUUGGACAAACUGUUCUACGAGAACGAAGAAGGCUUCGACCGUGUGGAGUUAGCUCGAGAGCUUUUCCGUCAGCGUCAAUUGGGGCAGGACAAAUACAUACGUGAGGUUGUGGCGGAGUUAGGAGGUCGCCGUGCCCAACGCAAUGUUACAGUCGAUGCACUGAAACGGGCUUUUGCUAUUGUCGACCCGGCUAUUGACCAUGUCCGUAUGGAACAAUAUAUCCGAUGGGCAUUUUCGGAUCAGUCUUCAGAGAUCAGCGCUAUCAGCCCGCUAUCUCUUCAGAACAUUGUCGUACGCCUGGCUGCUGGAGACAUUGAGAGAGUCGGGCCGAGAUCCAAGGGAGUGCGUCGCAAUUACAAUAAACACUGAAUAAAUUAUUGUAGAUAUUUA